CGGCAAAGCGAGACCAUUUCCCGGCAAAGCCGCGGGCGCUUCUGCCCUGCUCGCGCUGGGAAGUUCCGGGGCGGCUGAGCGGAAAGCCCUGCCAUCCAUGCUCGAUCCCUAGCGCGCGUCGGGUCUCCCGGGCGGACCCGGASGACAGUCAUUGUUAUUGUUGUUUAUACAGCCAGCACUAACUCCCUCCCGAGCGCCUCUGCCCCCGCCCUACCUGCUCCUCCCUCCCGCUGUAAUAUGCCAUUAGUGAGCCUGCGACCACAUUGCCAAGGGUGCUAGAGUUCGCAUUCAGCCACCAUGGGGAAUGGGAUGAACAAGAUCUUGCCUGGCCUGUACAUCGGCAACUUCAAAGAUGCAAGAGAUGCAGAGCAAUUGAGCAAGAACAAGGUGACACAUAUUCUAUCUGUCCACGAUAGUGCCCGGCCCAUGUUGGAGGGAGUUAAAUACCUGUGCAUUCCAGCAGCAGAUUCACCAUCUCAAAACCUGACACGACAUUUCAAAGAAAGUAUUAAAUUCAUUCAUGAGUGCAGACUCCAAGGUGAGGGCUGUCUGGUGCACUGCUUGGCUGGGGUCUCCAGGAGUGUGACUCUGGUGAUUGCUUAUAUCAUGACUGUCACGGACUUUGGCUGGGAGGAUGCCCUGCACACUGUGCGUGCAGGGAGAUCCUGUGCCAACCCCAAUCUGGGCUUCCAGAGGCAGCUCCAGGAGUUUGAGAAACAUGAAGUCCACCAGUAUCGGCAGUGGCUGAAGGAAGAAUAUGGGGAGAAUCCUUUGCGGGAUGCAGAAGAAGCCAAAAACAUUCUGGGUAAAUAUAAAGAGCAAGGGCGUGUGGAGUCCCAACCUGGCACCAGGCGGUGGAGCAGCUUUUCGGCCCUGCCUCCCCUGGCCUACAAUAACUAUACCACAGAAACCUAACACAGAGGGAUCUGGUGCCUUCCUUCCUGCUGCUUGUCUUCCGGGUUGCCUGCAGGCUCCCUGUGGUGUGCUGGUGUGCUGGCUACUUCCUCCAAGGACUGCAAAGUGAAUGACCACUGCAAAGUGGACAGCUCAGGGCUCUUUCCCCAGUGACCCCACCCAGUCCCGAGUCCUUUUACGUCACCCACCUUUCCCCCUGACCUUGGAUCAUGGCCUCACCUGAGCUUGCUGUACCUGGGAUGCUACUGGGCUCACACACACAACAUGUGCACUUAUCAGUGAGUGCAUAUGUACAGCACUUAAGAACAUGUGAGAGUGUAUGCCUGUGAGCGUGUAGAAGGGUAUGCAUUGUGUGAGGGUGUGUGCAGGUGAAUGUGUCUGCGUGGGUAAGCUCUGAAUGUUCGUAUUGCUGGGAGUCAUAAAAUUCACGCUGCCAGGAUUGGCAUGGCCACCUUUCCCUUUGGCUCCAAAUGGAAGGCAUUUGAAUUUGACUUCUGAAAAGCUUCUCAGCAAGCAGCAUGGAAGRUAUUCUAUGCCUGGGAGCAGAGGUUGAGAACUCAGGGGAUGAGCAGCUGAAAGCAAUAGCCUCUCCCAGAACCUGGGAUGGUAUAGUAGGGAAAGAUGGGGCCCAGACCCCUCCUGAGGGAAGGUGGCUCCAGGGACCCUGGAAGGUGUUGGGGGGUGGAGGGCAUACUCAGUAUUGCCUCAAGCUUAGUAUAAGUGCACCAGGCCCUGUACUCCUUGCUGCCUCAAGUCAAGGCYACCCAUCAUGUGUCUGGGUUCUAAGUGAUGUUUGUUCCAUGUAAGACUGACCUUGAUUGAAUUCCAUGAUGAGCAGGAGUACAUCAGCCAAACUUGGCAUACAUUGUUGGGCCCUUCCUGUCUCCUCCUGUCCAGCUUCAUGCACUCCCAGCCUUGCUGUUCUCACUUUGCAGGGCCUUUCUCAAGGUUUGCAUGUACCUACAGGAAAUGGAAAGGAAGAAUAUUUGUUAGACACUGUAGAUGUUUGCAUUUCAAAAUGCCUGAUCAUUUAUUAAGUUCCUUGGUGUAUGCUGUGGAUUUGAUCUUUGAUCUCAGCUACCUCAUUAAAUAAUGUUUGAAAAGUUUUGGUGUGUGUUUGUGUUAAUCCAGUGAAUUCUGCCUCAUAAUUCAAAAUGUUCAGUUCUGAUUGCUUUUGAAGCCAAAGGGGAAGACAUCAAUAUCAUUGAGCUGCUUAAAUUUUUUACUUGGGUUCCCAUAAUGCUUUCUGAAGGGCAAAGUUCCACAUUCAGGCUGUGAGAGCACCCACAGUUUGCAGCCAGGCAACAGGCAUCCUGGAAUGCUGUGCCCAACUCAGUGGUCAAUCCUUUAUACCAACUUAAAUUUCUUAAGCACGCAGAGCCACAGGAAAAAAUAUACUCAAUCUCUCCCUAAAAAGAUGUUGCAACCUGGGUUCUCCGAAUUCCACCACAAAAAGAGCUCCUGAAUAAGAAGAGCAAUUUUCCUGUUCAUGUAGAGGGUAUGUGAAAGGUGAGCUCUUUGGGGACCAAGGAAAACAAAGUCUCUGACAGUGCACAUGUACAGGCCCCAGAUGUGCAACCAAAAAGGGAAAUGUGGCCCUAGAAUCAUUUCUUCAGCUAAAACAAUUUGCCUGUUGAGUAUAUUUUUUUCUGUAAACCAAAAGAAAUGUAAAUAUGCUAACAGAAAAUGCAUUUAAGAGGGCUAAGGAUGUA